UUGAAUGUGUGGUUGUGGGGCGGCAGCGCCUUUGAGUUCUGCCGACAUGUCGCGACACUAUGGCGACGCAUCGCCGUUUUCGCGCGCUCGUGGUCACAAAAUAAACAAAUACUAGUUAAUACAGAAGUUCUACUCACGGAAACCUGGGCUCCUCCUCAAAAUGCAUUAGCACAUUCUCUUCCUGCCGCACUGAAAUCACGGGUCGCGGGCUCAUUGUUACGCAUACUCACCAGGGCCCUCACAAUUACAUUAGAAUUCCGCGGUUGGUGUGCAUCUGAGAGGUAUCUCAGCAUACAUCCUCAGAGCACGUGCGCCGUCAUAAUUACACUCAGCAGAAAUAAACAUUUACAUACUCCUGCGCACUAA